AUGUCUGCUGAGACAUCCAUUGAGCCUGGGUCAUGGGGUGAAUUGUGUUUGCGUUCGUUACAAGCACAUGGCAUGCCACAGACGCUAGCUAUUGUACCGACGCUUGAGUCAUCAGAAGAUGCAAACGAGAAAAAGAAGAAGAAUGCCCACACAAAAGAAGCACAGAGUGUGCGAAAGAGUCUGCUGAGCUUUGUACAGUACUUUUGUCCAGAUGUAGCCAAGCUCCAUGUACUGGACGAAGCGGCAAGUCGCAGUGCGCUCGUCCGGACACUCGUGACAACGGCGCCGAAGCGCGUCGCCUGGCGAGACUUUCGCGCAUGGUGUGUCACAGAGGAUGCUGCUUACGUGCCGGUAGGGCCAGAUCACGGCACACUCAAGGUCCAGGGCUGGAUUCGUGGCGCGCCGCUCAGUGCGAAUCGACUCGUACACAUUCCAGACUUUGGCGACUAUGUUGUGGACCGCAUUACCUACGCACCGCCUGGUACGUUCGCUAAUGCAGCGGAUAUGCCUGAAGAAAGCAUGCAAGACACAGACGCCAAUGUCAAAGAUGCUGAUGCGCCCCUUGUGCCAGGUGCCAUGCUAGAAAUGCGUGAUGAAGAAGAAGCGGAUGACCUCGUGAGCGAGAAUGAGCCAGAUCCACUUGCCAAUGAGCAGACGUGGCCGACUGAGGAGGAGAUGGCCGAGGCUGAAGCAAGCAUGGAUAGCGAUGUGCGUCGGUCGAAGGAAGAUGCACUGCCGCCUGCCGCGCCAGGCACGACACCACGUGAAAUCCGGAAACAUGUGAAUGCUGACGCGAAGAAAAAGUAUCAAGCCGCAUGGAUCAUUGAGAGUGAUAACGAAGAGGAUGAGGAUGAGGAGGAUGAGGAUGAGGAUGAGGAGGAUGACGACGACGACGACGACGACGACGAGGACAAUGAGGACAUGGACGAAGAAAUGGACGAUGAGGCCAUGUAUGGCAAAGAGGCCAAUGACGAGGAGGCUGUCGAGCAAGAGGGGGAUGACAACGCAGGCGAUGACUACGAUGAUGCAGAGGAAGUGCGUGCGAUUGAAGAGUACCGACAACAGCUCCAGAAAGAGCGCGAAACCAAAAGGGAGGAAGCUGAUGCGGCCGAGUUUCCAGAUGAAAUCGAUACGCCCAUGGAUGUGCCGGCUCGGCAGCGAUUUGCUCGGUACCGUGGGCUGGAGAGCAUGUACACGAGCUACUGGGACCCAUAUGAAGACCUGCCCGAGGACUAUGCGCGUCUUUUCCAGUUUGAUGACUUUAACAGGACACGCAAGCGUGUUGAGAGUCACGCACUGCUAGAAGGCGUCGCGCCUGGCAUUCGUGUGUGCAUAUGGAUUCGCGAUGUACCACGAGCUGCGGCUCAGCGCGCUUUGGGCGAGUCGCGCUCCGAAAAGAAGCGCGAGGCUGUGCCAUUUGUUGUGUUUGGACUUCUGCGCCACGAGCACAAGAAGAGUGUGAUCAACUUUACAGUGACUCGCAACACCGAGUACGAGGCGCCUGUGAAGUCAAAAGACCCCCUCGUGGGGUGUUUGGGAUUCCGGCGAUACGUGUGA